AAAAAAAUAUUUUAUGCUUAUGAUCCAUUGUUUAAAAUAGUGUUUUUUUUUUAAAAGAGAAGACAAUAUUUGAUAUCAAAGUGCAAGGAAAACAAGAACACAAAUGCUUUGGAAAUGUUAUAGCCUCUACAUAACAAAAUAAGCAGUCAGUCUAGUAAAUUCUGUUUUCUUUUUUGACAAACUCAACUUAUUGAAAUAAUUGCUUAUAGAAAAAAUUUUAAUUGAAAUUUUGUGUUUUCCCCCAAACAUUAACUUUUAAACUGCAUUUGUGGGACCUAAAUUAGUGGAAGAAAUUUCAAGCAGAGAGAUCCAUAUUUUAAUACCCUAUGACUCAGAAUGUGCAGUGGGAGAAAAUAAACAGAAGGAACCACAUAAUUUCUAUUGUAUUUGCCAUCAAAGCCUGAACAACUGUCCAUAGUGAAUUGGCUAUAACUCACUAUGCAGUGGACCAGAGAAAUUAAUGCCACAAUGGGGGAUCUUUCUGUUGAUCCUUGUCAACAAAUAUGAGUCCCUCAUUUUUGAAACAUGACAGAAAGGAAUGAGAUAAACUUGGUAAAACUACAAGACCACUAAUAGCUCACCAAUGACCCUAUUAAUAGAGAUUAACCACAAAUUUGCAGGAAAAACAUGUCCUGAAUCCUUUCAGACACCAAUAUACGUAAUUAAAUAAACUAGAAAAAAAAAAAAAGAUUGAAAAAGAACAUGAUGUGAUUCUACAUUACCCUUCCUCUCCCUCCUCCUUUCCCUUACCACCUUGCUGCACAACCCCCCGCCCCCAACCUCUUCCUCUUCUAAGUAAGCGGAUGCCAAUCCUCUUAUAGCAUUCAUCAGUAAACAUAUUCACAAGUAAACGCAAACCUGGACACAAAUGGCUUUUAGGACUAUAUUCUAUAUUGACUUUCAUUCAUACCUUUCUCCUGUUACAAUCUUCCACUUCCUUCUUUGCAAUCUCUCUCUGUCUCUCCCUCUGUCUCUCUCCCCGAUUGAAACCCUGAUUGAAAGAGCUACCUUUCUUCACCGUGGUUAUUCAUUCCCUACUAAUUCAUCUGUGAAGAUCAACUUAGAAUCUUAUUUAUUAGCACGUUUUAAACAUUUAUUGCACGCCAAGUGAUGGGGUUGGGGAGGAUGAUAACUUUCCAUUUCCCCCAGAGGUGCUUCUCAUUUAGUUUUCAACUAACCCUUGUAGGUAGAUUCUAUAAUUAUCCCCAUUUCACUGAUGAGGAAACUGAGGCUCGAAUAGGCUAAACCUCUUGUCAGUGGUCCCUCAACCCUUGGUGAAGCUGGGGUCAGUACCCACGUAAGUCUAAGAUCUAGUUCUUAAUAGUACUACAUUGCCUUUCAUGGGUAUUUUCUCCUUGAAUUUAAUUCAGCCAAUGCAGAGCAUGUUUAUAAAAACAUACGCACAUGUACAAACUUUAAAAAUAUGACUAAAGUAGUAAAAGAGAUCUGGCUAUACUGCCAAUGGUGUCUGGGUAUAUACUCAGCAUUUCCUUUACUGAUCUAAUGUUGAUAGACAACUCAUCAGCUACCUCUUAUCACCAGUUACAGAUUUGCUUUUUAACUGAUCGGAUCCUAGAGUAAAAGACAAAAAUCCAUGUGCUUUACUAAGGUAGAAGGGUAAAAGACAUAGGACAUUAAUAGCUAGAUCAUAGAUCCUCUCAGAGGCAGAAGGGCUUCGGUUUUUGUCGUUUAGGCAAAGGAGAGGCUGCUGAGAACAUGGGAACAAUGGCACCUAAAGGGGAAGUCAAGAGGCUCUGAAAAAGAAAGAGGAAUUUGGAAUUGCUUAUAAGAGAAAGUGGGAUCGGGCCGGAAGGACGUGGGCACAAAGGACCAUCAUCCUGCGAGAUUGUUAUGUGGGAGGGGGGCACCAGAGCAAUGUCCCACACACAAUGCUUAAGUGUGCAGUCUGGUGCGUGACGUUUCUCGCCUCGUCCUUCGGAUCAUCAGGAAAAGUCUGCUACUGUGAUCAUCUUGAGUUCGUGGUUCCUUGGGGGGCAGAUGCUGUGAAUGAUAUAAAUUGAGCUCUCAGUUGGAAGAAAUCUAAAGGAUCAAGCAUCCCUGAGUUUCAGACAGAAACAUCCUCUGAACACACAUAUUCAAAGGGCCAGCAAGAAAUGGGGACCUGGAUUUUGUUUGCCUGCCUCCUGGGAGCAGCCUUUGCUAUGCCCCUACCACCUCAUCCUGGGCACCCUGGUUAUAUCAACUUCAGCUAUGAGGUGCUCACUCCUCUGAAGUGGUACCAGAACAUGAUAAGGCAUCCGUACCCUUCCUAUGGUUACGAACCCAUGGGUGGAUGGCUGCACCACCAAAUCAUUCCCGUGCUGUCCCAGCAGAACCCCCCGAAUCACGCCCUGCAGCCUCAUCACCACAUCCCCAUGGUGCCAGCUCAGCAGCCCGUGGUCCCCCAGCAACCAAUGAUGCCAGUUCCUGGCCAACACUCCAUGACUCCAACCCAACACCACCAGGCAACCCUCCCUCUGCCUGCCCAGCAGCCCUUCCAGCCCCAGCCCGUCCAGCCGCAGCCUCACCAGCCCAUCCAGCCCCAGCCACCCGUGCACCCCAUCCAGCCCCUGCCGCCACAGCCACCUCUGCCUCCGAUGUUCCCCAUACAGCCCCUGCCCCCCAUGCUUCCUGACCUGCCUCUGGAAGCUUGGCCAGCAACAGACAAGACCAAGCGGGAAGAAGUGGAUUAAGAGGUCAGAAAAUGGGAAGAGAACUGAAGGAAACACUUCAGAUGCUUUCAGAAUGACACAAGAAAACGAGUUUCGCCUGCCAUCACUUCGCUUAGUAAAAGCUGUAACUAAAAAUCAGUACCACUAGCAAACAAUAAAAUGGUUUAAAAA